AUGGCCGACGCGACGGCGAGCGGGUGCGUCGGAGUGCCCUCCGCGUCUUUGGCGGCGGCGACGGCGGCGUCCGCGGCGCCCGUCAAGCUGCUCACCAGCGACGAGUCCGAGGAGCUCCUCAAGAUUCGCCACACCACCGCGCACAUCUGCGCCAUGGCUGUGCAGAGGCUCUUCCCCACCGCGCAGGUCACCAUCGGACCCUGGAUCGACCGUGGAUUCUACUACGAUUUCGACUACCCCGCGGGCUUCUCAGACAAAGACCUCAAGGACAUCAAGAAGCAGAUGAUCAAGAUCAUCAACAAGGACAUGCCCCUGCGCCGCGAGGAGGUCAGCCGCGAGGAGGCGCGCAAGAGGAUCGAGGCCCUCAACGAGCCGUACAAGCUCGAGAUCCUCGACGCCAUCAAGACGGAGCCCAUCACCAUCUACCACAUCGGCGACGAGUGGUGGGACCUCUGCGCGGGUCCCCACGUGGAGUCUACCAAGGCGAUUCACCCCAAGGCGAUCGACCUCGAGUCCGUGGCGGGCGCGUACUGGAGGGGCGACGAGAAGCGCCCGAUGCUCCAGCGCAUCUACGGCACGGCUUGGAGCACGCCCGAGGAGCUCAAGGCGUACAACGACUUCAAGGCCGAGGCGGCCAGGCGCGACCACAGGAAAGUGGGCAAGGAUCUCAACCUGUUCUCCAUCCAGCAGGAGGACGUGGGCGGAGGGCUGGUGUUCUGGCACCCCAAGGGGGCGCUCAUGAGGGACAUGAUCGAGCGGUUCUGGAAGGAUAUACACCUCGAGCGCGGCUACGACCUGCUCUACACCCCGCACGUGGGCAAGCUCGACCUUUGGAAGACAUCCGGCCACGCCGAUUUCUACUCCGAGAACAUGUACAGGCCCAUCGACGUGGAGGACGAGACCUACCAGCUCAAACCCAUGAACUGCCCCUUCCACGUCGCCGUCUACAAGGAUGGCUACUUCUCCUACCGCGACCUCCCGAUCCGGUGGGCCGAGAUGGGCACAGUGUACAGGUACGAACGGAGCGGCACCAUGCACGGCCUGUUCCGCGUCCGCGGGUUUACCCAGGACGAUGCGCACAUCUUCUGCCUCCCCGAUCAGAUCGCCGACGAGAUCAAAGGGGUGCUCGAUUUGACGGAGGACAUCCUGAGCACCUUCGGCUUCAAGGAGUUCGAGGUGAACCUCUCCACGCAGCCGGAGAAGUCGGUGGGCGGGCCGGAGAUCUGGGACAAGGCGGAGGGUGCGCUGAAAGACGCGCUGGCGCAGAAGGGUUGGGAUUACGAGGUUGACGAGGGCGGCGGCGCGUUCUACGGGCCGAAGAUUGACAUCAAGAUCCUCGACGCCAUCGGCCGGAAGUGGCAGUGCUCCACCGUGCAGCUCGACUUUAACCUCCCCGAGCGGUUCGAUCUCGCGUACAUCGACAAGGAGAACGUGAAGCAGAGGCCGAUCAUGAUCCAUCGCGCCAUCUUCGGCUCCCUCGAGCGAUUCUUUGGCAUCCUAACCGAGAACUACGCCGGGGCGUUUCCGCUCUGGAUCGCGCCCACGCAGGUGAGGCUCCUCCCGGUGACGGACGCGGUGGACGAUUACGUGCAGGAGACCGCGCGUAAGCUCCGCGCCGCGGGCAUCAGGUGCGACGUGCAGAGCCAGGAGAGGCUCGCGAAGCUCGUGCGCAACGCGGAGAAGGCUAAGAUUCCCGUCAUGUGCGUCGUCGGCGAGCAGGAGGCCAAGGAUGGCACUCUGGCGGUGAGGACCUACGCCGACGGCGACCAGGGCGUGCUGUCGGUGGACGACGUGGUGGCGCGAAUCUCCGCCGCGAACCAGGGCAAGGGCGAGAAGUUCUGA